GGUGGGUUCUGUCUUGGUUCUGUCCCAUCUACUGUCCUCGCCGUUCCCCUCUCAAUUCUCUCUCCGCACGGCGGCACGGAGAGAAAUCCUUAGUGAUUCGGCGGGAGCGUCGCCGGGGCCCGGCGACGACGACGAAUGGCUGCGACGCGGACCGGUGAAGAGAGAACUGCAUCGGGAGGAGGCGGACACCAGCAAGUCGACCGGGGAAGAACGACUUGCGCGUGAGCCGUUGGUUGCGCGCGGCGGCGAGGUUCUCUGCUACAUCUACGACCAGAGCGUUGGGGGCAGAGAGAGCACGCCACCGACGGUUGGGGGCAGCAAGACCAUGUCGCUGGCCCAGCUGCUCCCGAAUCUGCUCGACACAGCGAUCGAGUCCAGUAUUGGCGCGGUAGGGCAGGACGUAUUGGCACUUGUCGGCAGCAGAUUCGGGGCAGUCAACAGGCAGGGACGACCCUCAGGCACCAGCAUGGACAAAGAGGCACCUACAGAGCAACCCCCCUGUGUUGGUACAGUGUGCACGUUGGAGAAGACAAUCAAGGAAUAUGCAGAGAAAAAGACUGAAACCGUCAUAGUGCCUGAGGUUGGGAGCAGCUUCGAUACGCUGGGAGAGGCAUAUGACUACUACAACCCGUAUUCAUGGGAAAUCAGUUUUGGGAUCAGGUAUGACAAGAGCAGGCUCAACGUUGAAAGGACCAAAUGCAAGGGGUGUGAAGAAUACCUGAGAAGCACAUUCUGAAAAGGUGGACAAAAGAUGCAAGGGAUGUGCUGCCAGACCACUUAGCGCACCUCCAGAAAGACAAAAUUUCACUUAACUCUUGUGACAUUUUGCUAUUUGAACCUGUACACACAUGCGAUGGAAGUCGUGUGGCUUGGUGAUGCAAAUACAACAGCUUAUAUGAAGUAGCAUUGGAGCAACUCACGUGAAAAAUGGACGAGCUUAGUCCUAUGGCAGCUGUCUGUAACGGAAUGGGUCUGAAAGACAAGACUAGAGACAACAAACUAAACCGAAAGGAAACACGUAUUGGGGAUGGCGGACUGUGGGUUGAUAUGAGCGAUGGCGCGGGUAGUGGGGUGGGCAAUCUGGUAGGGCUUGUGGCCCCGGAGCGUGAGCGGAAACUAAAACUGGAGGUCCAACGAGCAGCAGGGAUAAGCCCCCAUAUGAUUAUUGUGGCGUGCGAAGUAAGAAAGCCAAAGGCACUGCAAAAGUAAAUGGUCUUGGUGAUUGUUGUUCAAGCAAAUGCACACGUUUCUGCAGUAUUUUUUGUCAACCGGCGCACAAAAGUACAACAUGUCCUGACCGAGGUGAUCUGCCUCUGAAACCAAGGAAGGAGGCAAAGUGCACAAACUGCAGAGUGGGCGGCGAUCGAAAAAACUCCUACAACAAGCCCAAGGUGAUCCUGCAUACUGUUCAAACGGUAACCUUGAUGGUAUCUGCCCGGGUAGUUAAGCAUCUGCAUCAGCAUGGUAUGUGCUUUGUGGCCAUGGUCCUGGGAGGCAAUGUAUCUUAGUGUUGAGGGCUCGGUAGCUGGACAUGCAUAAACGGUUGUAUACAUAGGGAAGUCACCACCUGAUGUUCAUCUCUAGUUGGUGAUUUAGGAUGAUUGCCAUGGCUUUGCUGUGCAGCUGUUCAUUCCCUUUGAAGAUUAACAUGUUGGUUAGAGGAGUAUGUUACCAACCACAUUGUCAGACAAGUUGAGUGU